CACUACUUGCCUCUCUAGAAGAAAUAGUUGUGAUACUCAAUUAGUAAUCUAUGCCAGCAAUUAUGACAAUGUUAGCAGACCAUGCAGCACGGCAGCUGCUGGAUUUCAACCAGAAGUUGGAUAUAAAUCUGUUGGAUAAUGUGGUGAACUGCCUGUAUCAUGGAGAAGGAGCUCAGCAAAGGAUGGCACAGGAGGUCUUGACUCACUUAAAGGAACACCCUGAUGCAUGGACAAGAGUUGAUACUAUUUUGGAAUUCUCUCAGAAUAUGAACACCAAAUAUUAUGGCCUGCAGAUCUUGGAAAAUGUGAUAAAAACAAGGUGGAAGAUCCUUCCAAGAAACCAAUGUGAAGGUAUCAAAAAAUACGUUGUUGGCUUAAUUAUCAAGACCUCCUCUGAUCCAUCGUGUGUUGAAAAAGAGAAAGUAUACAUUGGGAAAUUGAACAUGAUUCUUGUUCAGAUACUAAAACAAGAAUGGCCAAAACAUUGGCCAACAUUCAUCAGUGAUAUUGUUGGGGCCAGCAGAACAAGUGAAAGCCUUUGCCAGAACAACAUGGUCAUCUUGAAGCUAUUGAGUGAAGAAGUUUUUGAUUUUUCCAGUGGACAAAUAACUCAAGUGAAAGCCAAACAUUUAAAGGACAGCAUGUGCAAUGAAUUCUCACAGAUAUUUCAGCUAUGUCAAUUUGUGAUGGAGAACUCUCAAAAUGCUCCUCUUGUUCAUGCGACAUUGGAAACUUUACUUCGAUUUCUCAACUGGAUUCCACUGGGCUAUAUUUUUGAGACCAAAUUGAUCAGUACAUUAAUAUACAAAUUUUUAAAUGUUCCUAUGUUCCGAAAUGUUUCAUUGAAGUGCCUGACAGAAAUUGCUGGUGUCAGUGUGAGUCAGUAUGAGGAACAAUUUGUCACACUCUUUACUUUAACCAUGAUGCAGUUGAAACAGAUGCUUCCUUUGAACACAAAUAUUCGACUAGCAUAUUCCAAUGGAAAAGAUGAUGAACAGAAUUUCAUUCAGAACCUCAGCUUGUUUCUUUGUACCUUUUUAAAAGAGCAUGGCCAACUUAUAGAAAAACGUUUAAAUCUGAGAGAAACGUUAAUGGAAGCUCUCCAUUACAUGUUGCUGGUAUCUGAAGUUGAAGAAACUGAAAUCUUCAAGAUUUGUCUGGAGUAUUGGAAUCAUCUGGCUGCUGAAUUAUAUAGGGAGAGUCCAUUUUCAACAUCAGCUUCUCCAUUGCUAUCAGGCACUCAGCAUUUUGAUGUUCCUCCCAGGAGACAACUUUAUUUGCCUGUCCUGUCUAAGGUGCGAUUGUUGAUGGUUAGCCGCAUGGCAAAACCAGAAGAAGUACUUGUUGUAGAAAAUGAUCAAGGAGAAGUUGUUCGAGAAUUUAUGAAAGAUACAGACUCUAUCAACUUGUACAAGAACAUGAGAGAAACACUGGUUUAUCUUACCCAUCUGGAUUAUGCAGAUACUGAACGAAUAAUGACAGAGAAACUUCACAAUCAAGUAAAUGGUACUGAAUGGUCAUGGAAAAAUCUCAACACCCUGUGUUGGGCUAUAGGUUCAAUAAGUGGAGCAAUGCAUGAAGAAGAUGAGAAGAGGUUUCUUGUAACAGUAAUAAAGGAUCUUCUUGGACUCUGUGAACAAAAAAGAGGAAAAGAUAAUAAAGCUAUUAUUGCAUCAAAUAUAAUGUACAUAGUAGGACAAUAUCCAAGAUUUUUGAGAGCCCACUGGAAAUUUCUGAAGACUGUCGUCAACAAGCUAUUUGAAUUUAUGCAUGAAACUCAUGAUGGAGUCCAGGACAUGGCUUGUGAUACUUUUAUAAAAAUAGCGCAAAAAUGUCGAAGGCACUUUGUUCAAGUUCAAGUUGGAGAAGUAAUGCCAUUCAUUGAUGAGAUCCUGAACAAUAUUAACACAAUUAUUUGUGAUCUUCAGCCGCAACAGGUACAUACUUUUUAUGAAGCAGUUGGAUACAUGAUUGGUGCUCAGACUGACCAGACAGUACAAGAGCAUUUAAUAGAGAAAUAUAUGUUACUACCUAAUCAAGUAUGGGACAGCAUAAUUCAACAAGCUACAAAAAAUGUUGAUAUUCUUAAAGACUCUGAAACAGUUAAGCAGUUGGGAAGUAUCCUAAAAACUAAUGUCAGGGCAUGUAAAGCGGUUGGACAUCCAUUUGUGAUUCAGCUUGGAAGAAUCUACUUAGAUAUGCUGAAUGUGUAUAAGUGCCUAAGUGAAAACAUUUCUGCAGCUAUUCAAGCAAAUGGUGAAAUGGUAACAAAGCAACCUCUGAUUAGAAGUAUGAGAACAGUAAAAAGGGAAACUUUAAAACUCAUUUCUGGUUGGGUGAGCAGAUCUAAUGAUCCUCAGAUGGUAGCUGAAAACUUUGUUCCACCUUUGCUGGAUGCCGUUCUUAUUGAUUACCAGAGGAAUGUUCCAGCUGCCAGAGAGCCGGAAGUGCUUAGUACAAUGGCUAUCAUAGUAAACAAAUUGGGGGGGCAUAUUACUGCUGAAAUACCUCAGAUAUUUGAUGCUGUCUUUGAAUGCACAUUGAAUAUGAUUAAUAAGGACUUUGAAGAGUAUCCUGAACACAGAACAAACUUUUUUUUAUUACUACAAGCAGUAAACUCCCAUUGCUUUCCAGCGUUCCUGGCCAUUCCACCUGCACAGUUCAAGCUAGUAUUGGAUUCUAUCAUUUGGGCUUUCAAGCAUACAAUGAGAAAUGUUGCAGAUACAGGCCUUCAGAUCCUUUAUACACUUUUACAAAAUGUUGCACAAGAAGAAGCUGCUGCUCAGAGCUUUUAUCAAACUUAUUUCUGUGACAUUCUUCAACACAUAUUUUCUGUUGUAACAGACACAUCUCAUACUGCUGGUUUGACGAUGCAUGCAUCAAUUCUUGCAUACAUGUUCAACUUAGUAGAAGAAGGAAAAAUAAAUACUCCCCUAAACCCUGGAAAUCCAGUAAACAACCAAAUGUUUAUUCAGGAGUAUGUUGCUAAUCUUCUUAAAUCUGCAUUUCCUCACCUACAAGAUGCACAGGUUAAACUGUUUGUAACAGGACUCUUCAGUUUAAAUCAGGAUAUUCCUGCUUUCAAGGAACAUCUUCGGGACUUCCUAGUACAAAUAAAGGAAUUUGCAGGUGAAGACACAUCUGACUUGUUCCUGGAAGAAAGAGAGACAGCUCUUCGACAGGCUCAGGAGGAAAAACACAAACUUCAGAUGUCUGUCCCUGGCAUCCUUAAUCCACAUGAAAUUCCUGAGGAAAUGUGUGAUUAAAACAAAAAUAACCAGUUUUUCUGUUUUCUUUCUGUACAGCUGCUUUGUUGUAGAAGAAAACGGGACUUGGAUAUUUGUUGACCAAAAUGAUGCCAAUUUGUAAAUUUAAGAUGUCACCUAGUGGCCCUUUUUUCUUAUGUGUUUUUGUAUAAGAAAUUUUCUGUGAAAUAUCCUUCCAUUGUUUAAGCUUUUUGUUUUGGUCAUCUUUAUUUAGAUUUGCAUGAAGUUGAAAAUUAAGGCAUUUUAAAAAUAAAACACUUCAUGCCCAUUUUGUGGCUAAGAGUAAAAAAAGGCAAAACAUAUAACUUGUAAAGUCUAUUGCAAAAUUAAACAUUUUUCCAGUUAGAACACUUUUUUUCUUUUAAUUAAGGAUAAUUUUCUAGUCUGCUCUGCAGUCUUGAAAAAAGGGUAAUAAAGAAAUCCAUCAAAUUAAUUGUUAGUAAUAAGAUGAAUGCUGCAUCAUCAGACAUGAGCAGCUUUGGGGUUAAGUGAUAAGGCUAGGCUACUGAUAUUUGCAAGUCAUAUGGCAAAUUUGCAGCAAGAUCAUGUGCAUAUCAUCCCAUUGUAAAGCAACUUGGAAAAAUAUGGGAACACAGUACAGUUAGUUAUUUUUACACAGUUCUUUUGUUUUUGUGUGUGUGCUGUCGCUUUGUCGACAACAGCUUUUUGUUUUCCUCAAUGAGGAGUGUUGCUCAUUUGUGAGCCUUCAUUAACUCGAAGUGAAAUGGUUAAAAUAUUUAUCCUGUUAGAAUAGGCUGCAUCUUUUUAACAAGCUCAUUAAAGAAGAACUCUGGCUUUUGAGAUGACUUCUACUAAUUUACAUUGUUUACCAUGCUGUAGUGCUUUAAGAACACUACUUAAAAAGCAAAAUAAACUUGGU